AUGCCAAAACGGUUAGCCAAACCAGAACGCAAGGCCAGUCACUGUGACUGUCAAGUCUGUGGGCGACCGACUCGAGCCUACUUCCACAAACUCUACGUAUGUUGUGCUUGUACAAUGUUUUAUCGACGAAACUUCCGAGCCUUUCCUCGAUCUCAAUGUCGAUCUGGAGGCAGUAACUGUGAUUUGUCGAAUGGGCCUCGAAGAUUUUGUUUGUAUUGCCGACUAAAUGCCUGCAGGGCUUUGGGGCUGAGAAUGUUGGGCAAGAAUCUGGUGGUACAGACGAAUGGUUUGCCAGCUGAUGACAUUGCUGAGGAACAGUUGGAGGAGAUGGAGGGAAGGAGGGGUUGUGAGGGUGAUGGAGGAGGUUUUGAGGAUUCUGAAGGUUAUGAAACAAGUGGAGUGUAUGCUACUGCUUCUGUAGCUUAUGCUAGUCACAGUGAAGGUACGAAUCAUCGAAAAAACAGUGGCAUGACUUCAGAAUUAUCAAACAACAGGAAAAGGAGCUUUGAAGCCAAUAAAUCUUAUGAUUUUAAAACAAAAGGCCAUAAGCGGCUUUCUACAGAUUCUGAAGAUAUUAACCAUGACACACCAAGGCGAAAAUCUUCAGAAAUGUCUAAACUUGGACUAGAAAACUACCAUACCUAUAGAAGUAGAGCUAAAUUGAGCUUGGCUUCCUUAUCUGACGUCAGCUCAUCUGGAACAGUCUAUUUUGAGCUUGGCAAUAACCAGUAUGUUGAACUAUAUAGUGAUCAAACUGACCAACAAAGCUCAGAAGGUCUUUUUCAAUUUGGUAUCGAAACUACUGAGCAUCAAAGCCUUACAAAACAUCAAGAAACCCAUCAAAACCCAAAACAAUCUCAAGAACUAACUCAAAACGAAGCUCUUGAGCUCAUGUCAUUACCUUCAACAAGCAGUGGAUACGACAGUGGGUAUCAUAACAGCUCAAGUGGGUAUUGUGGUAGUGUGCGAGACAGCAGGCUUUGUUAUGGUAGCACAUAUAGUAGCAGUGGUUCUAGUUCAAACCUGCAGCUUCAGUUUGCAAAGAACUUGCACUUGAAUGAAAGGAAGAUCAGUUGUCAAACAGCUGAGAGUUGUAGCUUAAGUCAUGUUGAAUCUGCACCCAAUUUGCAAUUGUUGGGUAGUACGGUGAUUAGAAGUGAUGAAUCUGAUAGAGAUUUGGAUUUUUUGGAGCUGCCUGUUAUUGACCUACCAUUGAUAAGGUUAGUUAUUUUUCAAAUUUUAAAAAAUUUCUUAUUUUUUAAAAUUUAAAUAUUAAAACAUAAGAUUUUGUAUUGUAGAAUAGCCAUAAAGUAGCCUAAAGAAACUUGAAAAUACUUAAAAUACAAAAAAAAAUUUUAAAUUUCAAAAAAGCUAAAAAUUAAAAUUUCAGAAUGAUAACCCAAGCCUUCCGCCAACUAGACGACCAACAAAAGUUCCUCUCGACAAUGCAACGAGGCUCGGAACUUUUCGAUCACACUUGUCCAGCUGAAGACCUUAUCUACUGCGAUAGAAUUCAAUAUGAAAAGCUUGAAUCCAAAGUAAUUCGAAUCUCCUGCUCUGUUCUCAAUAAUCUCAUGGAUAAUAUCCAGCCAAACAUGGAUGUCAAUGACAAAGUUAAUGUUAUACAGAAUGCGUCUGUCAAUUUGUCGUUGAUGCACAAGGUCUUGUGUACUGUGAGACAGUUUCCGGAGAUGGGUCAGUCGUUGUCGUCACCGUUUACUGGCUAUUAUAGUGAUUUGAACGAUCUGGACGCUUACUUGGCUGACGUUUGGAAUGAGGUGGGUUGGCUAGAAUAUUUUUUUUUAAUUUUAAAUUUAAAAAAAAAUUAAUUUUAAAACUUUUUUUAUCCCUUUACAAACUAAAAAUUUCAGAAAGUAGAUAUAGUGAUGCGUCGCUUCCACGCCGACAUCUAUUCUUCAUAUACACCAUGUUUGGAAGAAGCCAAGUUUCUAAACCUACAUCCAGUUGAAUGUGCUUUUUGGCAAUACAAGGAUUGUUAA